CCUUCCUUACACAGCAUGAACGUCGUCGCCACGUCAUCACCUCCGGUUUACAGUUUGUCUUCUGGAGCUUGUUGACAUUAUGCGACUUCGUCCCUCUAUACACGGCCAUCAUUGAAGAGGAUUAUAACGGCGACAUCCUGGAAUUCCCUUUGUUGUGUGUGACCUUUGCCAUAGAGGGCAUCCAGGUCAUCCUGUUUUGCUUUUCCGAAGCCUCUGAGGAGUCUCAGAAUGGACACCAUCAACAGCAGAAGCGUCCAUGCCCAGAGGUCACUGCGUCCUUUCCUAGCCGGAUGACCUUCGCGUGGAUGACAAAGUUGCUUUACCUCGGGUGGCGGAAAAAUAUCGAAGAAGCUGACCUUUUCGACCUCAACCCUCGAGACAGCAGUGACGCCCUUGUCCCUCCCUUUGAAAGAGAGUGGGAGCUGGAGAAAGAAAGAUUUAAAAACAAAGAAACCAGUAAAGAAAGGUCAAGAGAUCACACUAACGCUGACCCCGCUGUGAUGGCGCCACUUCCACAUCUUCCAAAGGACCCUAAGCAAAGAGACCUCCAGUUCGAAAAAAGAACCCUUGUCCCCAGGUGCUCCGCCGGCAACACGUCAAAUGAGUCCGGGACCGCGACUAUGUACGGUACCCUCGACCGGCCAGGGGACGACGAUGUUAACCCAGACAUGCCGUCGCUGCUCCGAGUUCUGCUGAAGAUCAUGGGACCUCGGCUGAUCAUCGGGCUGUUCAUUAAAAUGGUUUCUGACGGGUUGUCGAUCUUAAGCCCUGUGAUAUUGGGGCUGCUGAUCGAGCAGGUGAGCAACAUCGACGCCAACGAAAGGCAGGCCUGUUCUGGGUACGUAUUGGCGGUACUGAUGUUCCUGGUGCAGAUGGUCAAGUCACUGCUCUUCAACUUUAGCUACUGGUGUUCCCAAGUAGUCGGCAUGCAGCUCAAGACCAUCCUAGUUACCGCAAUCUACAGAAAGUCACUGACGAUGAACAGCGCCACAAGACGACUGGCCGCUGGCGGGGUGAUAAUCAACCUCAUCGUCGACUGUAAACGCAUUCAGGACGCCAUGUUCUUUUUCGUCAUGUGGACCACUCCUUUACAGGCCAUCAUGGUUGUCGGUGUCCUCUACGUCUACAUCGGCCCUUCAGUCUUCGCCGGCGUCAUCACUCUUAUCCUGCUAGUCCUCCUCAACUCCUUCAUCGCCAGUCGUCAGCAAAAGCUCAACAUUAGCAACCUCAAGUUUAAGGACAGCAGACUGAGGCUGACCAAUGAUCUGUUGAGUGGAAUAAGGGUGGUAAAGAUGUACGCAUGGGAACCUUCCUUCGAGAAGAGGAUCACAAACUUAAGGAGCGAGGAGACAAAGGUGCUGCUCAGAAUGGCCUACUUGAACAUGUUUAUGGGAGUAUGCUGCUACUUCGCACCUUUCCUGGUAACCCUGGCCACGUUUGCAACAUUUGUAGAGGUCUCCCCUGACAACCACCUGGACGCUCGACGGGCCUUUGUGACCUUGUCCUUGUUGAACAUGCUCAGAUCCCCUCUUAACAUUUUAGCCAUUGUCAUACCCAUGACAGUUGAGUCUUUUGUGUCAGUGCAAAGGAUCAACAGGUUUCUGUGCUGUGAAGACCUUGACACAAACAGCGUUACCUAUGCUGCUGAUGCAGUUAACGCCAUAACAAUCCGAAACGGAACUUUCACCUGGGACAAAAAUUACAAACCCGUCUUGAAAAAUGUCGACAUCAGCAUCGGCGUUGGCAGGCUAGUGGCGGUGGUGGGUCACGUGGGAAGCGGGAAAUCGUCAUUGAUCUCAGCAUUUCUCGGAGAAACCGAGAAAGUAUCAGGGGAAGUAACCGUAAAGAGUUCUGUGGCCUACGUCCCUCAGCAAGCUUGGAUACAAAACACAACGCUGCGUGACAACGUCCUCUUCGGGAAACUCUUCAACGAACAAAGAUAUCAACAGGUCCUGCGGGCAUGCGCACUUGAGCCCGACCUGGAAAUACUGCCUGCUGGAGACAUGACUGAGAUUGGUGAAAGGGGUAUCAACCUGAGUGGGGGUCAGAAGCAGAGAGUGAGUCUGGCCCGCGCCGUGUACAGUGACAGCGACAUCUACCUACUGGACGACCCGCUCAGCGCCGUGGACUCGCACGUGGGCAAACACAUCUUCACCGAGGUCAUUGGCCCCAACGGCUUGCUCCGGCACAAGACGCGGGUGCUGGUGACACACGGCAUCCACUGGCUGCCGAUGGUUGACGAGAUCAUCGUGCUGUCCGACAACGGCAUCUCAGAGAAAGGCAGCUACGACACUCUCAUGUCCCACAACGGACCCUUCGCUCGCUUCCUCAAGCUUCACCUGCAACAAAGGGAGGACUCGGAAGAAGAGGAAGACCCUGAGAUCUCAACGGUCAUCAACAAGAUCCGAGAGGACGUGGAGAUCACAACUUCUGAUGGAGCAACUUCCGGUGAAGAGCUGACACGUCUUAACGACGCCAGAUGCAGAAAGUCCAGAAGUACGAAAUCAAAAUCAUCAUCAAUGACCGAGUCAACGAAAACUAAGAUUGAACCGUGCAACCUGGAGGAAGAUAAUUCGCAGGAGGACAAUGGUAGGCUGGUGCAGGAGGAGACAGUAAUGAAAGGAAAGGUGAAGUGGAGCGUGUUUCUCACCUACAUACGAGCAGCGGGCGCCGUACCUUUCGCGGCAUCCAUUGUGUUCUUCCUCCUCUUUCAAGCCGCCAACGCCUCUGGAAACUUCUGGCUCAGCCGCUGGACAGACGACAACUUCCUCGCCACAUCCCACGGAAACGCCACCUUGCGGCACAACUACAAAGCCACAAACGACUACUACCUGAUGGUGUUUGGAAUGCUUGGCAUCGCACAAUUCAUUGCUCUGGUCCUGAGCAACUUCUUGCUCUGUGUUCGAAUGGUUGUUGCCUCCAAAAACCUUCACAGCAGACUUCUUGCUAGUGUACUACAGUCACCAAUGCUGUUCUUUGACACGACCCCAGUUGGACGAAUAAUUAACAGAUUUUCCCUUGACAUAGAGACCAUCGACAACAUAAUUCCAAAACACAUUCACGGCUCCCUCACUCUCGGGAUGAUGGUUCUUACCACCAUCGUCGUCAUCUCCAUCAGUACACCUCUCUUUACCAUUCUAGUUGUUCCUAUUCUCAUCCUCUAUUAUCUGAUCCAGAGCUUCUACAUCCCGACGUCGCGGCAGCUAAAGAGGAUGGAGUCGGUCACUCACAGCCCCAUCUACGUCCACUUCAGCGAGACCAUCAGCGGCGGCGCCACCAUCCGCGCCUACCGAGCGGUCGACCGCUUCAUCGAGGAGAUAAAACGACGGGUGGACAGAAACCAGUCCUUUUACUUCCCUAGUCUUAGCGCACACAGAUGGAUGGUAAUGAAUCUGGAAGUCAUCACAAAUCUUAUCAUCUUUGGUGCUGCCAUCUAUUCUGUCACCACACCUGGCAUUGGAGGAGGAACUGUGGGCUUCUCUGUGUCUUGCGCAUUGCAGCUCUCAGGCUCUCUGUACAUCAUGGUCCGACACAUGAGCGACCUAGAAACAAACAUGGUGUCGGUGGAGAGGGUAAAUGAAUACUCAAAGCUGGAGCCAGAGGCUCCAUGGAUUAUCCCUUUCCAACGUCCACCUCCAUCCUGGCCCGAGAGGGGUCACCUUGUGUUCAGUGACUACAGCACGCGCUAUCGACCCGGCCUUGACCUGGUGUUGCGAAAUAUAAGCUUUAUUAUCGAAGCUGGUCAGAAGGUUGGUAUCGUUGGAAGGACAGGGGCAGGUAAGUCCUCUCUAACGCUCUCCCUCUUCCGCUUGAUCGAGGCCGCUGGAGGCUGCAUCAUUAUCGACGGCGUCAACAUCGCCGACAUCGGGCUCCACGACCUGCGCUCUCGCAUCACCAUCCUGCCCCAGGAUCCCAUGCUCUUUUCUGGCACGCUACGGAUGAACCUUGACCCUCUCGAUCAAUAUUCAGAUGAUCAAAUAUGGCAAGCUUUGGAGAGGGCUCAUCUAAAAUGUUUUGUGGAAGAGAUGCCAGAAACAUUGAGCCACCAGGUCGGUGAAAAGGGAGAGAGGCUAAGUGUGGGUCAGCGGCAGUUGGUGUGCCUGGCCAGGACACUGCUUCGCCGGACCAAACUUUUGGUCCUGGACGAGGCCACGGCCGCCGUUGACAUGGAGACGGACUCCCUCAUCCAGAACACCAUCCGUGAGGCCUUCAGCUCCUGCACCAUUAUCACCAUCGCACACCGUCUCAACACCAUCAUGGACUACGACAGGAUCCUUUUGCUGGAUGAUGGGUUGGUGAAGGAAUACGACUCGCCCCAUGUGCUUCUUGCAAACAAGAAGAGUAUUUUUUACAGCAUGGCCAAGGAUGCUGGAUUUGCGAAAUACAGGUCCGUGAUCUGACAUGCCCGAGGCGCUGACCUUAGUUAAAAUUAUCAAAGAUGUCCUGCGGUCGACCUUUAGUUGCACUGACCUGUCCUUGCUAACCAUCGUCUUGUAUUAUAUCAGCGUCUU